GCUCCUCUGUUUUGCUGCACUUUUAUCCACUUUUUUUUUUCCCGCCACAGUCAGUUUAUUUUUGCUUGACAGUGAUUUUUUUUUUUUUUUACAUCAGUGAACACAAGUGAGUUUUAGUUUCUUUUAUUUUAUUUAUUUAUUUUUUUUUAAACGUUGCUGGUGUUUGGGUUUUCUGAUGUCGGGAAGCAGAUUUCUGGGCCACCGCCUUCUAAAUUGCGCUCACUGAACCGCGCGCAAAACAUGUUUGGAGGACCUUUGGUGUGACGCACGGACUGCGCCAAUGGAGAGCUUUGCGAAUCAAAGCGACUUGUGGCCGGCGAACGACUCGUGGUCCUCCGAGCCCAACCAGACGAACCCCCUGAAGAGGAACGAGGAGGUGGCCAAGGUGGAGGUGAGCGUCCUCGCCCUGAUUCUCUUCCUGGCGCUCGCCGGCAACCUGUGCGUCCUGGCGGCCAUCCACAGCGCCAAGCACAGCCAGUCGCGCAUGUACUACUUCAUGAAGCACCUGAGCAUCGCCGACCUGGUGGUGGCCGUCUUCCAGGUCCUGCCGCAACUCAUCUGGGACAUCACCUUCCGCUUCUACGGGCCGGAUCUGGUGUGCCGGCUGGUCAAGUACCUGCAGGUGGUGGGAAUGUUCGCCUCCACCUACAUGCUGGUGCUCAUGUCCGUGGACAGGUGCCUGGCCAUCUGCCAGCCUCUGCGCUCCUUGCACAGGAGGAAGGACCGCUUCUACGUGGUGUUCUCCUGGAGCCUGAGCAUGCUCCUCAGCGUGCCCCAAAUGUUCAUCUUCUCCCUCCGCGAGGUGGGCUCGCCCGGCUCCGGUGUGUACGACUGCUGGGGCGACUUCAUCAUGCCGUGGGGAGCCAAGGCGUACAUCACGUGGAUCAGCCUGACCAUCUACAUUAUCCCGGUGGGAAUCCUGAGCGCGUGCUACGGUCUGAUCAGUUUCAAGAUAUGGCAGAACUUCAAGCUGAAGACCAGGCGGGAGCAGUGCAUCAGCCUGACGCCCAAAAGCGACAAAGGGGGCAGCGCCCUGGCGCGGGUCAGCAGCGUCAAGCUCAUCUCCAAAGCCAAGAUGACCACCGUCAAGAUGACUUUUGUCAUCGUGCUGGCUUACAUCGUGUGCUGGACCCCCUUUUUCUCCGUGCAGAUGUGGUCCGCCUGGGACCCUGCCGCCCCACGCGAGGCGAUGCCCUUCAUCAUCUCCAUGCUGCUGGCCAGCCUCAACAGCUGCUGCAACCCGUGGAUCUACAUGUGCUUCGCAGGCCACCUCUUCCACGACCUCCGGGAAAACUUGCUGUGCUGCUCGGCCCGCUACCUCAAGUCGGCGCAGUGCCGCUGCGAGCGCGACUUGGACUCGGGCCACAAGAGCAUCUCGUCCUCAUUCGUCAUUCGGAGCGCCGGCAGCCAGAGGAGCAUCACGCAGACGUCAAGCACGUGAGCGAGCACUCGCCCGACAAAUCUACGAAAGCCCGACUGGGCCUGGAGGACGCUCAGAAAAGAUAAAAAAAAAUCAUUAUUUAAUUUCAAAUCCAGCUGUUUAGGAUGUAAAUAGAGAAUGAUUUAUGGCUCUAUGAAAUCUUUGAGUGCAAUGAAUAUUUUCAGGGCAAUUAAGGACUAAGACAAGCAAAUCGACAACAAGCUUGUUUUUAAGUUUUUCUUUGUUUUUAUUGAACAUUGUAUAUAUGUGUAUGCAAACAUACAUAUUCCAAAAAUAAUCUUUUCUAAACUUAAUAAUGCUUAGUUGUGAAACAAACUAUUAAUUGGACAUUUCAUUCAUAGUGAUUCAACCAACCCUGUAAAUGAAAUUGAUAUGUAAAUUACGUAAAAGCUUUCAAUUAGAAAAAACUAAUUGUUUCUUAUUAUACAGUAUUCAUAUUGCCUAGCUAUUUAAAUUGUACUUGUGUCGUCAGUUCAUCACGGAAAAUUUGGAGGGCGACUGGAGGUUUUUCUCAUAUUUUGGUGACCUCAUUUAUAGUGACGAGAAGUCAAAAUAUUAAGAAGACCUCUCAGAGUGAUGCAGUGGAAUUCGAUACUACAAUAAUAAUUACAAUUGGACAUCAAUUUAAUAUUGUGUGCAUGUACAUACUGUAUAUACUCGGUGUGCAGCCAAUGCAAAAGAAAGUACCGCUGACGUUAUCAGACCUGUGUGCGCGCACGUGUUAUACACGUGUGCCGUAUUGUGCUUCACGUUGUUGCAUCUGCAGUUGAUUCCAUUGUCAAAUAUUUAUAUAGUGUACCGUGAAAAACUGUCAUUUAAGA